AUGCGUCCUAAAACAUUCAUCUUCUUUGCCAUCACUUGUAUCUCUGUUGUCGCUUCCGCUGGCUUGGAUGACGAUAUACUUGAAGACUUUAGUACCGUGAAGGGUAAUGGCAACUAUAUCAUUCAAUUGAGUCCUGACACAAGUAUCAAAAGCUUCGUCCCCAAGCUUAUUGAUGGUGCCUUUGAGAUCUUCAGUCAAUCGAUGGGCAAUGACAAGUUAGAAGUCAAGAAGAACAAAAUUGUUCGACGUGAUGAUCAAACAGAUCAACUCCAUGUCUUUGAUGCUUAUAACUUUGGUCAACACUUCAAGGGUAUCACUGUCAAGUUUGAAGAUAUCAAUAUCGUCAGAGAUCUUGCUCUUCUCUUUGCUGACAACAUCUUGAAGAUCAUUCCCGAUCAAGACAUCGAGUUUAACUUGCCUACUCCCAGUAACAAGAAGAGCAAACUUAACAAGAGAUAUCACGCUCGUGCCAAACAAGCUUCAUCUCAACGUAUCGAACGUCGCGGUAACUUUGACCCUGAUACCUAUGAGGAUGACGAAUUUGAGGCUGCUUCUGUCAAGAAGAAGACUUAUAAGAAAAAGACCCACAAGAAGACUUCCGUCAAAAAGGCCGUUUACAAGAAGCACACGACCACCAAGAAGAAGCAUACAACGACCAAGAAGCAUACAACGGUCAAUAAGAAGAAGAAGACAACCACCAAGAAGCACACAACCACCAAGAAGAAGCAUACGACUACCAAGAAGCACACGACUACCAAGACGAAGCACACGACUACCAAGAAGCAUACGACUACCGUUACCAAGGGAUCCAAGACAACUACUUCUUCCUCAGCUACCCCUACCAAGAAUGUUGUCAGCAGCUCUGAUUAUGCCAAACAAGCCAAUGCUGAAUGGAACUUGAUCCGUAUUUCUCAGCACAAGCGUAAUCUUGCUCAACCUUACAUCUAUAAUACUAAAGCAGGGUCUGAUGCCUAUGUCUAUGUUAUCGAUGAUGGUAUGAACAUCGGACACGUUGAAUUCGAAGGUCGUGCCUCAUGGGGCUGGUCUGCUUAUGAUGGUGCCUCUCCACUUGGUGAGGGUCAUGGUACUCACGUUGCUGGUAUUAUCGGUGGUAAGACGUAUGGUGUUGCCAAAAAGGCCAAUCUCAUUGCUGUUCAAGUUCUCAACGAAAGCGGUAAGGGCUCUAUCUCUAGUCUCUUGUCUGGUCUUCAAUGGGUGACUACACAUGCCAAGGAUCAUCAAGGCAAGGCUGUGAUUAACAUGUCUUUGGGCAUGAAGACUGCUGGUGUAACUGAUUCUGCUUUAUCUGCUCUGAACAAGGCUAUCGAUGCCGUCGUUGCCUCUGGUGUUCCCUUAUUUGCUGCUGCAGGAAAUUGGGGUACUGUUGAUGCUUGUGAUGUUUUGCCUGCUGGUAACAAGAAUGUCUACACUGUGGGUGCUACUGAUAAGAACGACGCCAUGACUGACUUUAGCAGCUAUGGUAAAUGUGUUCAAAUCCUUGCUCCUGGUGACAACAUUCUUAGUUCUUACAUCGAAUCCAAGACGUCUACUAUCAGAAUGUCUGGUACUUCCAUGGCCUCCCCUCACGCUGCUGGUGUCGCCGCUCUCUUGAUUGGACAAAUCAACAAUGCUACACCUGCCAAGGUCUAUAACGAAGUAACCACUUUGGCUACCAAGGGCGUCAUUUCCUCCAUCUCUCACGAUACAGUCAACCGUCUUUUGUUUAACGGUCAGAAAUUAAGUAAUGCUUAA